UCGGCACACCUGAGAGCUAAGCCCACUAUCUGUGGGCUGCGGUUUUCCAACACUCCGGUGGCACCUUCCUGGUCCGAGUGAAAGGUGUUCGGAGAAGAAGAAAUUGCAUAAGAUCGAAACACGUACAGCGAGCAGUGAGAAAGAAAUGGGACACGGAGCCCACCGAAUCGGCAACCAAACCUUUCGGAGGGAAUCGAACGGUCGGCCAAAGACUCAAGGCCGCACCGCAAGAGAAAGCUGCCGCGGCUCGAUGGCCGAUUACGAUGGAAUUGUCACCGACGCGGUUCCGAUGGCAAGAUUCGCGGUCGACAAGAUGACCGCGUAUGCCAAACAGAACGGAUCGGAUGAGGCAAGUGGACCAUUAAAUUUUGAGGCUGCCUCGAUUCCGGUCGAAGUGGUGGAAAUCGUUGAAUUUCGGACACAGCUCCCGGCUCUGGGGCGAGGUGACAGUUUGCUCUUUGGAACCAGCUCAAAUGGUGCCGAAAUCAGGGAGACUCAUCGGAUCAUCGGGAACCCCACCGCAAGCUUAUCGUUCCAAGAACACUCGGGCCAUAAACCGUCACCCGCGGACACUGCAUUCCAUUUGCGAGUUGGUUUUACCUGUCCUUCGCGAUGA